AUGCGGGUACUUCUUACGGUGUUAAUAGCCGUAUCAUCAGCAACAGCCUUCGAUGGUGUUGUAUUCUCCAGUGAGCAGCAAAUUACGAAGGAAUUUCCGACUAUCGAGAACUUGAUAUCAACUGCUUCACCAGAAAAACCGGUCGUCUUCAUCAUUCGAUUAGAAUAA